UUUUCAUAAACUGCUUUUGACCCUUCGAGCCCAAAUAUCAAGGAGCCUCUCUGAUCAAAGUGAAGUGCUGCUGACCUUUUUCUUUUUGUUUUGCAUCUAGUCGAUUAAAAGAAAAAUGGCAAGUGGUAGUCUUAGUAGUAGUGCGUCUUUACUUCAUCCGUUCGGUGCCGGAUCGUCGGUGAAUGAAACGGCGUCGACGGGCAGCGUGAGUCCUCCGCCGUCGGGCCACCACACGCUAGAGCCGGCCACUGGAAAUCAUCCGCUGUUGAGCCAUCGGUUGGUGACGAAGAACGAACGACAUCAUCAACAGCAUCGGCUGUAUCAGCCGUAUCACCUUCCGCUUCAUCCACACCAUCAUAUCCAGCAUCAUCAUCAUCUUCAACAACAGCCACAGCAUCUGGAGAAUCCGUACGAUUUGAAUCAACAUUAUCCGGUGGCAUCGACCAGUGCCGUAGGCGGAACAGAUUCACGGUGCAGUUCCGUAUCGUCUUCCGGCGGUGCGGAUCAACACCAUCACGUCGCGUUGACGCUGAAAAGCGAACAACCUCAACACAACAGUUUGGAUCAGACGAGUAGUUUGGAACUACUCGAUAGCGCCAAUUUGUCUUACGGCGAAGAUCCGCGUCAUUCGUCUUCCGGUGGCGAUCGUCUCGAUUUGCAUCAUAACGGGCCCUCAUCUGCCUCUUCGACAUCUUCUUCAUCUUUGGGACACAACAACAAUAACAACAACAACAACAACAACAACAAACCGAUGAACGGCCCGUCUGGGUCGUCUUCGAUGACCAUGGCAUUCAGCACGGACCAAGUCGCUUGCGUUUGCGAAGCUCUUCAACAGUCCGGCGAUAUGGAGCGCUUGUCGCGAUUUUUGUGGUCUCUUCCCGCGUCGGAAUUGAGCGGCAGCGCCAGCAGCGAGUCGGUGCUCCGAGCCCGGGUCGCCGUCGCCUUCCAUCGCGGCAACUACCGCGAACUCUACAACCUGCUCGAGUCUCACAGUUUCAGUUCCCAGUACCACCAAGAGCUGCAGAACAUUUGGUACGGCGCCCACUACAAGGAGGCCGAAAAGGUGAGGAACAGGGCGCUAGGAGCCGUGGACAAGUACCGGCUCCGUCGCAAGUACCCGCUGCCGAAGACGAUCUGGGACGGAGAGGAAACGAUCUACUGCUUCAAAGAGAAAUCCCGCGCCGCCCUCAAAGAUUGCUACCGACUCAAUCGAUACCCGACGCCCGACGAGAAGCGCACACUGGCCAAAAAGACGGGAUUGACGCUGACCCAAGUCUCCAAUUGGUUCAAGAACCGACGUCAACGCGACCGGACUCCACCCCAGCAGCAAAGAAGUGAUGAUUGCAUGGGUAGUGAUAACGGAUUACCUACGACUCCGGUUAACGGAUCAUCGUCUUCAUCCGGAAUUGGCCUACACCACCACCACGGCGGCAAUGACUUGCUGAGCGAAUUGAAGCCCAACAGUUUUGCCAUGGGCGGCAAUAAAAUGCUGUUCGACGAUGUUGUUCACAAUCCAUCCGGAAGCAGCGGAUUAAUGGCUGCAUCGAGGAGCAUGAGUUCGCUGAUGGCAUCGCAAUUCGUCGGUGGGGGCAAAGAUUCUCACGUCGCUACCGGCAGCCUCUUACACCUUCCAUCGACAGCUUUUGCCAGUUACCAUCCAUCCGGAGGCCACGGCUACGAUUCCGGAUCGGUAGCCACGUUAGCUAACCUCCACGUUGCCCACCAACACGUAGUACAACCGUCUUCGCUCUACCAUGGCCACAGAGAUCAAGCUUUCUCUCAUGCUUGAUUAUUUAUGCAUUUUUUAAUUAUCCCAACAUGGGAAAAUUACAACAACAAAAUGGCAAAAAUAUUUCUAAACAAAUCCCAGUCAAAUAUUAUAAUGUUUCUUUUAUUAUAAUUUUUUUUUUCUAUGUGCAGUCAAAUGGGUUUUAUGUUUUACUCGCCUAAAAUUUCACCUGUUUUCGUUUUAAAUAUGUGUAAUUGUUUGUGAACUUGAUGGACGGGGGGUUUUUGUAUAUCAGGAUCAUUGUGUGUGCGUGUUGUUCAUUCUUGAUUUGAAAACUUUUCUCCAAUUUAUUAUUGUGUACUAGUUACCCCCCGGCAAUAGCUCUUUUCUAUUGUCGCUGAUGGAUUCCAUCAGUGUCUGAGGUGUUUAAGACGUUGUAACUUGUCUCUCUUUUUCACUAUAUAACUCUUCUUGGUGUUAUACUCAUUUUUCAUGGAUAUUCCGUUCGUCCACUCAUUCGCGCGACGAUCUCAAUGUGAUAAAAAAGAAUCCCAUUAAAUUGGAAA